CAAGGUAAGGCAGGAGUGCCAUGAAACGAAGAAUUUGCGUGGCACUACCCACGACGUCGAGACUCCUCUCGGAUUUGCGUGUUCGAACAACGAAUAGAUGAACUGCAACGACUUCGUUAUGGAAGACGAGCCUCCGCCAUAUGGAUCGAGCUACCAUCAGUGUGUUCACGACGCAGGCGCGAAAAGCCUGCCCGCGCCUUUACUGUUUCCCGACGAGUAUGUGCACAAGCACGUUGUGUAUAUUACAUCAAGCGAAAUUGGCAUCGAUGAAGAAGACAACAAACUUGGGCUUCCUGAUGCAACCUUCUUCACGGCGCCGACUGCCGAUCACUUUGAGACCGUACUGCUCAAAGGCCGGAUUCCAGAGGAUCAACUCCGUAAUGUGCAAGGUUUUCAAGACUGCGGAAUCGUCCAUCUAACAUUGAAGGAUGAAAGAAGUAUCAAUGACAUCGGAACUCUACUCGCGGAACGUCUCGAACGGCCAACAAUGGACUUCGAGAGUGCCUCGGAAUCUCAAACGCCUGGCGACGAACAACAACAAGUGCUUGGACCAGUAGACGAUAUGGCAUCUCAAGCUGUGCUUGAGAAAGGCGCUGAUCGCAGCAUACGUUCAGUGGCACUGCAUGUAUACAAAGUUGAGAUGCACAGCAAGUAUGCUCAAGGCAUAACACAGUCUGGAUCAUUGAAUGAUUUCAGCCUGUUAUUCGGAUGGGAGAAGCUCCACCCCAGUUACGGACAACUCUAUGGUUCCUGGGACAUCGACCUAGCAACGGCACUUGAAAAGGGCGCGUAUAGUGCUGGUAGGAACCUCAAAGUCAACGUUCUCGGCGCCUCACAAGAACAACGGGAUCAAUACUUCAGUGGUCAAAUCCUAAAUUUUCGAUUGGUGCAUUAGGAGACUGUACCUCAACUAGGAUACAUGGUCAGUGGAACCAGAUUCGCGAUGAGGUUAGUGAACAAAUUAUGCGAUGGAAAUUUACUUCAUGGUGUAACAGACGCCUUGAAAUGCUGCCGAGAUGAUCCUUGGUUACGCAGCUUUCCAACAAUGAUGGAGAGCAGACAAGUCCUUAAGUCGAGAUGCUCCGAUCCGCGGUUUCGAGCUCGCACUUUUUCUUCGGUCAUACGCGGUACCACGACGUAUUCGAGUGCACAGAUCGGCUCUGAUACCUUCAGAAAAUCUUAUCAUAUAAUGAAAUACUGCAAAGAAUGUUGUGCUAAAU